CAGCAGCAGCAGCAGCAGCAGCAGCCACCGUAGCAGUAUUAGCUAAUCAACCAAGCAAAACACCAAAUCCGUUAGAACACGUUCGAAUAUGACGACAUCGCGUGAUGAUGAGAAGUACAUUCUGUACGGCGGCCCCGAUCCGGAGGAAUUACUGCAGGAUGGCUCACUCGGAGCUAUGAUCGUCAAAGAACUACGGGAACGGCCGGACAAUAUCGGAUUGAUUGACCCCGAAAGCGAAGUUCAACUGACCUAUCAGCAAAUCUUGGACCAAUCAGCUAGGGUCGCUGCGGGGUUGACUCAACUGGGACUCACCAGAUCCACUCCAAUUGCCAUCGUCAGCGAGAAUUGUUUGGAGUACUGUCUUGCCAUGUUCGGUUCAAUUUUCGUUGCUUCACCGCUUGCACUCUUGAACCCGGCCUAUGUUGAAGGCGAACUUCAGCAUGCACUCAAUUUAUCGCAGCCGAAACUUGUUUUUGUCUCACCGAAUGUGUUGGAAAAAAUGAUCGGCGUGAUUCGGAAGAUGCAAUUGAAUGUAAAGGUGGUGUUGUUUGGAGAUCAUCCCAAGGCUUCCACUUAUCCGGAAGUGAUGAGUUACUCGAAAUUACUCGAUCGAGCUGCUGUCCCCAGCAACUAUGUACCUGAGUCAGUGGACGUUAGGUCCCACGUAGCGAUGAUCGUACUCUCCUCUGGUACUACCGGUCUGCCAAAGGGAGUGCAACUAACUCACAUGAACCUAAUGACCACGGUGGCCCAUUCGAAGGAAGCCAGUAAGAUUUUGGAACUACCUGAUCAGCUGGUUGCCCUUGCAGCUACACCUCUUUAUCAUGUGGUAGCGGGAGUUGGACUAAUCAACAUGGUCACCAACAACUGCCGGUGCGUUCUGAUGCCCAAAUUUGACGUGCAUCUCUUCCUGGACAGUAUUCAGAAACAUAAGGUUAACCUAAUGACAGUGGUUCCACCGCUGAUGGUAUUUCUAGCAAAGCACUCCAUUGUCGAUAAUUAUGAUCUAUCGUCCUUGAUGACGCUGAUCUGUGGAGCUGCCCCGUUGAGUAAGGAAAUCGAAGAUCAGGUACGGGAACGGCUGGGAGUGGCAUUUAUUCGGCAGGGGUAUGGCAUGAGUGAGACAACACUCGGAGUGCUGAUGCAGACCGGAUUCGAGAACAAAGCUGGAUGCGUCGGGAAGGUCCGGUUGGGUCAGUGGGUAAAGGUUGUCGAUCCCGAAACGGGGAAGAUCCUUGGUCCGAACCAACGCGGAGAGUUGUGCUUCAAAGGAUCGCUCAUAAUGAAAGGUUACGUGGGAAAGGAGCACGCAAUCGAUCAGGAUGGUUGGCUGCAUACUGGGGAUGUCGGUUAUUAUGACGAUGAUGAGGACUUCUUCAUUGUCGACCGGAUCAAGGAGCUCAUCAAAUACAAGGGCUUCCAGGUGCCACCCGCAGAGCUGGAAGCUAUUCUGUUGAAACACCCCAAGGUUAAAGAUGCAGCUGUGAUUGGAAUUGCGGAUGAGAGGGUCGGAGAGUUGGCAACGGCUUUCGUCGUCAAGGAAGAUGGCGAAGAAGUGAGCGGUGAAGAGAUCGUCAAAUUCGUAGCCGAGCAGGUGUCACCGCAGAAAAAGCUCCACGGCGGUGUUAGAUUUAUUGAUGCCAUCCCGAAAACUCCAACCGGUAAAAUAUUGCGCCGGGAGCUUCGCGAGCUUGCCAAAAAUACGCGCUCAAAGCUGUGAAGUGUUUUAUGUUGUUGUUGAUUUUCGUAUAUGAUAGUUCAAAGUGGUGUACGUUUUGGUGUCGUAUCGGGUGGAAUGGAUGAGUAUUGUAAAUAAACUGAUGACCUUUGGGAA